CUGGUCCCAGAUGAGCGACCAUAUGCGGCUGAGAGGAAAGAGUAUAAAUUCGAGGUGAGGGGGCUAAUGGUCAACGACUUCUUCAAGGCAGUUGGUCAUUUGGACUGUACCUAAAUUUCUACGUUUUCUGGUUUAAGGAAGAUGCUGCUUUCAGUGGCUGCGUUUGCCCCCCUACUGCUGUCACUGGCCAACCCGGUCGCAGCUGACUGCGGUGAGGAUGGAGUCUAUGAUUAUGUCGUCGUAGGAGGCGGCACGGCGGGAAAUGUGAUGGGCGCUCGCCUGUCCCAGGCUGGCCACAGUGUCUUGAUUGUCGAGGCGGGCGGGAUUUACGAGCUCGAGAACGCGAACCUCACCAUCCCCUCCAUGUUCGGUGCCCUGACCGGAGGAAGCCCUGACACAAUUGAUCCCCGCGUGGACUGGGGCGUGAUCACCACUCCCCAAGCCGGGGCUAACAACCGCGAGUUACAUUAUGCACGGGGGAAGUGUCUCGGUGGCUCAUCUGCGAUGAACGCCAUGAUCUAUCAGCGCGGAACGAAGUCAACGUAUCACGCUUGGGCGGAAGCUGCCCAGGACCCGAGUUAUGAAUGGGAUGAGAUCCUGCCUUUCUUCAAAAGAACGUUCCACUUUACACCACCCAGUACGGUCAAAGGUCUGCAGAAUACGUCGAUUCACUGGAAUGCCAGUGCGUUCGCAUCCGAGAGCCCCGUCGAGGGCUCAAUCCAGAUCUCAUACAGCAACGAAAGAACAUCGUUCGCCACCUGGGCGAAACUAGGCCUAGAGGCAUCCGGCAUUGAUGAGACCAAUGACUUUGUUAGCGGCAGCCUGAUGGGAACGCAAUGGUCUGCUUCGGAGAUUUCCCCUAUUGACGAGCGCCGUAGCAGCUCGGACUUUCUUCUAGGUGUUUCUGAUGAGAGAUCAUUGACUGUCUGCACUCGAUCUCUGGCGCGGCGUAUUCUGUUCGAUGAGCAGCGUAACGCGCAGGGUGUGGAGGUCGAGACGGAUGGGAAGCUGUGGACUGCAUCCGCAGCCAAGGAAGUCAUUGUGUCCGCUGGAGCCUUCAACUCGCCCCAACUUCUUAUGGUGUCCGGCAUCGGGCCUCGCGGCCAUCUGGCGGAUCUGGACAUUCCCCUGCUUGUCGACCUCCCCGGUGUCGGUCAGAACAUGUGGGAUCAUAUCUUUUUCGGGCCAUCCUAUCCAGUGGCAGUCGAUACCUUGACCAAGCUCUUCAUUGAUCCACCCUACUUGACUGCGCAGAGUUUGAGGUAUCAAAGUUCCCACGAUGGGCCACUGGCUUAUGCUCCUAACCUUCUUGGCUGGGAAAAUCUCCCGUCUGCUUAUCAAGACAACUUUUCCGCCGCAACUCAGGAAGAAUUGAGCAGGUUCCCAGCUGAUUGGCCGCAGGUUGAGUAUAUUGCAUUCGAUGCGCAUGUUGGAAAUUACAGCAACCCCGCAGAAGACCAGCCCCGAGAUGGACGACAGUUCGCGUCCAUAAUCGGUGCUCUCGUGGCACCAACAUCUCGAGGAAAUGUCACCCUCGUAUCUAACUCCACCGCAGAUCUUCCAGUUGUUAAUCCGAAUUGGCUAACAACCCAGACCGAUAUCGAGGUGGCAUUGGCUCUCUUCAAACGAACCAGAGACAUUUGGGCCAGUGAUCCUUUGCAGAACAUCACUACGGGUCCGGAGUACUAUCCAGGAACGAAUGUGACGACCGAUGAGCAGAUCCUUGAUGUCAUUCGCAGCUCUUUGAUCACGGUGUGGCAUGCUUCAUGUACAUGCAAGAUGGGCGCUCGGGAGGAUGCGAUGGCGGUCGUCGAUAGCGAAGCACGGGUUCACGGCGUCCAACGACUGCGCGUAGUUGACGCAAGUGCAUUCCCUAUCCUGCCUCCUGGCCAUCCCACAAGUACAGUCUACAUGCUAGCCGAGAAGAUCGGCAAUACAAUUAUUGGGGAUAAGAAAUACAAUUCUUGGGGAUUAGACGCAGUGUAG